AUGGCUAUGGCAAAUUUUCCACCCCUGCUUCAAACUAACAAGAACAAGCAGGAUCCAGACACCAAAGCUAAAAUUGUCAAGGAUGUCAUUUCAUCACAACCAGCUCCAAACCCAGCUGAAGAUAUCGCGAAGGAAAGAGCUCGUACUAAUUGGAACUUGAAGGAAGUUCAUGAGUUUUUGGAAGGUAAUGAAGCUAAAUCAACUGAAAUUUUACGUCUUUACCAAUCAAUUGAACGUGAUCCAAUUUUGCAAACUAGACCAGAACACUUUGAUAUCACUCAAAAGCAAGAAAGAGAAUUGGUUGCUCAAAGAAUUGACAAAAUGGCUAGAUUUAUCGAAAUUGAACCAUAUGCCAAAUUUAGAAGAAGAUUGCAAUUAAUGACCGUUAUUGAUCCAUCAAUGGGUAUCAGAAUCUUGGUCAACUUGGGUUUAUUCUUGAACUGUAUUAGAGGUAACGGUACUCAAAAACAAUACGAUUUUUGGGCCAAGAAGAAGGAAAGUGGUAUCAUUAAGCAAAUGUAUGGUUGUUUUGGUAUGACCGAGUUGGGUCACGGUUCUAAUGUCGCGGGUUGUGAAACCACUGCCACUUUUGACCCUGAAACUGAUGAAUUCAUUAUUGAUACCCCACACAUUGGUGCUACUAAAUGGUGGAUUGGUGGUGCUGCCCACUCGGCUACCCACACUGUUUGUUACGCUAGAUUGAUUAUCAAAGAUGUAGACUAUGGUGUCAAGACUUUUGUUGUCCCAUUGAGAGAUUCUCAACAUAAUUUGUUGCCAGGUAUUGCCGUUGGUGAUAUUGGUGCCAAGAUGGGAAGACAAGGUGUUGAUAACGGUUGGAUUCAAUUUACUGAGGUUAGAAUCCCAAGAUUCUUUAUGUUGCAAAGAUGGUGUAAAGUUGACCGUAAAGGAAAUGUCACUUUGCCACCAUUGGAACAAUUGAGUUAUAUCUCACUUUUGGAAGGUAGAGUUGGUAUGGCUGCCGAUUCUUAUAGAAUUGGGGCAAGAUUCACCACCAUUGCUUUGAGGUAUGCUGUUGGUAGAAGACAAUUCAACAAGACUGGUGGUCCACAAGAAACUCAAUUGAUUGACUACACCUUGCAUCAAAGAAGAUUGUUCCCAUAUUUGGCUUUGACGUAUGCUGCCGCUGUUGGUACUGACAGAUUAGAGGUUGAACAUAAUGAAUUAUUGGAAAACUUGGACAGGGGAUUAAAGACAAAUGACAAGUUGUUGUUGAAAAACACCAUUGCUUCCACUAAAUCCAUGUUUGUUGAUUCAGGUUCAUUGAAAUCUACUUUGACUUGGGAAGCUUCCAACUUGAUUGAUGAAUGUAGACAAGCUUGUGGUGGCCAUGGCUACUCUGCCUACAAUGCUUUUGGUAAGACAUAUAAUGACUGGGCCGUUCAAUGUACUUGGGAAGGUGACAACAAUGUCUUGGCAAUGUCUGCUGGUAAGAGCAUUAUCAAGACCGUUCAACAAAUCUUGAAUGGUAAAAAGGUCAAGAAUUCUACUUUGGAGUUCCUUAACGAUGCACCGGAGUUGGCUAAAGCCAAGAAGGCAGUUAUCAGAGUCAAAGACCAUGUUGAUGAUCCACAACGUGUUUUGAAGGCAAUCGCAAGUUUGAUCUCCAAGACUUCAAUGGACUUGAUUCCACAAUCCUACCAAUCAUGGGAUGCUAUUGGUGCUCAAAGAGUCAUUUUGUCAAAAUUGAGAUGUCACUACUACCUCUUGGAAACAUUUAUUGACAGAUUGGAAUCUCAAAUCAAAGCCAACUCACCGGCAAGGCCACAUUUGGAAAAUAUCCUCAAGUUAUACUAUGUUACCAACAUUUUGGGUCCUUUUAUUGGUGAAUUCUUGAGAUACGGUGUUAUUUCUCCAAAUGUUGCCAAGUACAUCACCAAUGUUUACCCACAAGGUUUGUGUUGGAAGGUUAGACCAUAUGUUAUUGGAUUGACUGAUUCAUUCCAACAACCUGACAACUUUAUCCACUCAUUGAUUGGUAAAUACAAUGGUGAUAUUUACCACAACUAUUUGGCAGAGGUUAAAUCAGUCAAUGAUCCACGCAAUCCUAAAGCACCGUACAGUGUUGCUCUUGAGGAUAUGUUGAACAGAGCUUCUUUGGAUGAAAGACAAAGAGGUGAAAGAUCAGAGGAAGCUGCUGCUAUCUUGUCCAAAUAA